AUGGGUCCUCCACGUAAGGGUCCCCGACAGGGAAACAGAAGAAGGUCACCUGGACCGGCAGUCAAAGCAUCAAAGCCAAAGCAAGCGCCGCCCGCGAACAAACAGCACACUGAGAGGAAAGUCGAAGCCUCAAAACCGGAGCCUGAACCAACCGAAGACGAGUCCAAUGGACCCAACCUUGUCAGCACAAUCCCUCGCUCGCUCCAGCAAUUGCUAUUGGAUGUAUUCAAAACCGCUCUCCUCGGCGAGCCAGUCGCAGAGUCGGAAGCAGCCGCAGAUGGUGAACUACAAUCAGACGAAACCAAGGGCAAAGAGGAACCGCUCGAUAUCAAGUCUCUCAUCCAGACGAUUAAGGGUCUGCUAUACCAGCGUGACUUUGACUCUGCAUUCACUGAGGCGAACGAGGACUUGUUGCGCGCUUAUGCCUUGCGCUGGAGUUCUUCGCGGGCAUUGGGAUAUGCCGGCCUUUUGAAGGGUGUGCUGUCCUGGAUGAAAGAGGAAGAAGAAAAUACUCGCGGUCGUACAAGACCCACAAAACCCUCAACCCGUGUCGUUGCAAUUGGUGGUGGCGCAGGUGCAGAGAUCGUUGCUCUUGCCGCUGCAUGGAGAGAUUUAAAUGCCGAAACCGAGUCAUUGGAAGAACGUGUCGCCAGCGUAUCUUUGGAAGAUGCAGAAGCUCAAAAGGAAGAGAAGCCUGAAGAAAAAGGUGCCGGUGCGCCCGGUCUCUCUGUUAUGGCUGUCGACAUCGGAAACUGGUCAAGUGUUGUUGACAGGCUUUCGAAAACCAUCUUUUCGGACAAAGUGCCAUUCACUAUGACCUCGACACAUCGCUCGCCGUUACUUGCUGAGGCAGCCCGUGAAACCUUCCAGGUCGAUUUCCGUCGUGCCGAUGUCUUGAAUAUCCCCGAGGAGGAACUCAAAGAAGUUUUCCUCGGCCCCUCGUCAUCUGCUCCUUUCACCUCCAUUCUCGUUCCUAUCAUGUUCACUCUGAAUGAGCUUUUCUCUACAUCCAUGCCAAAGACUACCGGCUUCAUGCUUCGCAUGACACAGAUUCUGCCUGCUGGUGCCGUGCUCUUGGUGGUUGAUAGCCCCGGUAGCUAUUCGACAUUGAAGCUCGGAAAGGGACCGGAUGGCGAACCGCAGGAGAGAAACUAUCCCAUGAAGUUUUUGCUUGACCACACACUGCUGUCGGUGGCGAAGGGCAAGUGGGAGCGGGUGUAUACUCAAGAUUCGAGGUGGUGGAGACGGGAUGCGGCGCGCCUGCGCUACGAAGUUGGCGAGGGAGCAGGCUUGGAAGAUAUGCGGUUCCAGAUGCAUGUGUAUAGGCGUUUGUAG